AUGUGCAACAAGAGAAGGCCUUCAAGGCUUCUAGAGCCGAGUCGAAAACUGCUGCUUAACUUGACUAGAGUGGCACUGAAGCAUUCAUUCAUUCUGCUACCAUAUAUCGAUCAUACAAGGACCCAGCCUGUACCAAGAAUUCGUAAAUAUGCAAAAACCCCCAUGAAGUCGCCAGAGGCAUCUUGGUGCCAUACUACAAGAAUCUGA